AUGAAUGAAACAAAUGCUGGAGCAGACAUAGAAGAAAAGAAAAAACAAAUAGGAAAAGCAAGGAAACGUAAAUUCUCCAUUAGACACAAAAAAAUUAAAUUAUAUCACAAAUCAAAAUCACAUGAAAACCGAAAAAAAAAAGUUAAACAAUUCAAAAAUUAUAAUUCUUUAAAUUAUAAAAAAAAAAAUGAAAAACCCAAAAAAAAAAAAAAAAAAAAAACAUCCAUACUAUUAAAUAAAAAGAAUGACGCAAAUUCAGAAAAAAGUCCUACCUAUCCAAACGCAGUUAUUAGUAACCAGAUUCAAUCUUUCAUAAAGUAUGAUAAAUCUAUAAAUGAGAUGGAAGCAAUAACUCCUGAUAAUUCUUCCACGAAAUAUAUAUCAAAUAAUAAAUGUAAUGAAAAACACAUAAGUAAUAAUAUAGAUACCGAUAAAGAACUUCCAAAAGGUGUAAAAACGGAUCAAAAUGAAUCUUCGAAUUAUAUAUGCGAAAAAAUAACAUGUAAAAGAAUAUUACAAAAUUAUGUUGAAAAAAAAAAUGGUGAAGAGAAUAAGGAUACUUGUAAAACUGUUUUGGAUAGUAAUACCAAUUAUAGCCUUAUAAAAAAUCAAGAAAUAAAAAGUUGUAAUAAAGAACAAAAUAUAAAACGUAAUAUUUUUAAGACACAAAAUUGGAAAAAUGGUUCUAUUCCUUUUAUUCGAAAUAAUUAUGGUAGUAGAUUUGUUGAUAUUUCUGAAAGAGGUGGUUUAAAAAUAGAAAAUUCAAGAAUAAUCCGAAAUGACGCAAAAAAUGUGUUUAUUAGUAAGUUCUGUACUGUAAAGAAAGAUAAAACCCUCAGUAUUGAGAAUACCACAAAAUUAAAAAAAGAAAAGUGCUCAGAUGGAACUAAAUUAGAGAUUUAUAAAAAUAUCAAUCACGCUAUUACCAACGAUAUUGAUGAAAUUAGCAGCAAAAUUACAAGUAAAGUUGCGAUAGAUAAAACAAAAAUUGUUAAAGAUAUAGACAUGGAUAAACAAAAUAGGAGUGAAAAUCUCGAUUGUUCUAACAUGCUACCUGAAAAUGUUAGCCUGAUUGAAAAUAAUGCAUCGAUAAAACAAACAUUUGAAUCAGAACCAAAAGAUAUCACCUUGAUUGAGCUUGAGAAAAUCAAUCUAAGUAAUCUUGAAGAUUUGCCUAUUUCCAUAAAAAAUGACACAAAUCAAAUAAAACUCAUUUUAGAAAAUUUAAAUGAAGAAGAAAUAAUUAACUUGUCUAUCCCUUUUAACGAAAAUUCAAAAAUAGUAAGAUAUUUAAAUUUGCUAUCAAUAGAAAAAAUAGAGAAAAUAAUAAAACUAUUAGAUGUAGACAAUUAUAAAAGUUUUAUAUUUAUAUUUAAAGAAGAUAAAAUUAUUAAUAUCAUAGAAAAUAUUUCUACAAAUACAAGUAUAAGUAUAUUAUUAAAUUUACCACAAAAUAAAUUGACAUAUAUAUUUAAUAAAAUGAAAGAAAUGAUUAUAAUAAAAAUUAUAAAUACAAUUUCUUUGUGUAAAUUUUAUUAUAUAAUUGAAUGUUUGCCUAUAGAAAAAAUCAGCCCCCUUUCCAACCAUAUAUCUUAUGAAAAAUUAUAUAUACUUCAUAAUAAUUUGACAUGUAAAAAUUUAUGUUUAAUAACUAAUGAUUUAUAUAUUUCAACCAUUAAUAGACUUAUGAAUGACUUACCUUUACAUAAAUCUAUUAAAAUUAUGAAAUAUUUAUCAAUUAAAAAAAUGACACUAUGUAUAAAUAUAAAUCAUAUGUCUUUUUAUUUUGCUGCUGAAAUAUGUAAGUCUUUUAAUUCACCAGAAAUUGUUGAUAUAUUAUAUUAUUUAAAUGAAAAAAAUACAGAAAUAUUAUUAAAAGAAUGCGAUAUCAAGAAAAUUGUUGUAUAUAUUAAUUACAUACCUGUAAAUAAAUUUAAGAUAAUUAUCCAUAAAUUUCCAACACCUUUUCUAAAACAAAUUAUUAAUGAUAUAUCUAUGAAAUAUAUUAUACAAAUAUUUAUUUCUUUACCUCAGAAUAAGACAAUCGAAUGCUUAUAUUCUUUGUCACCCAAAAAGUUAAACAUAUUAAUAAGCACAAUACCGACUAAAAAUCUGAUAAUAGAUUUAAUCAUUCGAGGUGGAAACCCAACAACACCAAUCGAGUCAUCAAUAAAAGGCCACAUAAUUUAUAAAAAAAAUAAGAAAAAACAAAAAAAAUUAAUUAAAAUGUUAGAUAGUUCUAAUAUAUUUCUCAUAUUAAAUGAAUUAAGUGGAAAAAAUUAUGAUAUAUUUUGUAAACUGUUGUGUGCAAAUCAAAUUAAAGAUAUUAUUAACAAUCUUCAAAUCGAUUGUGAAAAAGCUGCAAAUAUUAUUCUAUAUUUACCUAUUAAUAAAAUUAUAGAAAUACUUGGAAACUUGGAAAAAGAAAAAUUUACAGCCAUAACAAAACAUUUUCCCUAUUACAUAAGGGAAGUUAUUAAUCAGCAGAUAUAUAACGAAAAACAUGCUCUUCGAGAAAAUAGAGAAUUUAAUAAUCCGGAUAAUGUUGAUCAAAAUCUUUACAGUAAUAAUAAUUCUAAAGACAAUAUUAAAAAUGGUAGUAAUAAAAUCAAGCGAAUACAUCAAAUAUUUAUCACAUUUAAAUUACUGAAAUUUAUAAAGUUUUUUAACGAUUAUUAUAAUUUAAAAGAAAUAAAAAAGCAUGCAUAUAGUAAUUAUAUACAAGAGCGAAAAAAGAACGAUAUAAUACAUAGUAUUAAUAUUAAGAGUUAUCUAAAAUUUCUUAAUUGUACAUCUUGCAUUAAAAUAAUGAAAAUUGAGAAUGCUAUUAACAAAGCACUGAAUAAAAAUGUCUAUAAUAAAAAUAAUGUAAUCGAUUCUAUAUUCAUUUUUUUUAAUAUAUAUCAUAAAACGAAAAUUCAAAAAUAUAUCAAUGAGCAAAAGAUAAUAGGCUCUUUAGACGACUACAUUCUUAUAAAUAAGGAAAAAGGAGAAAAAGUAAAAUAUAUCGAAGGGAGUUCAAUAUUAUCUAGUAAUAUUAAUACCUCACAAGAUCAUGAUCAAUACGAAAAGAACACUAGCGAAAACAAUACUAAGGAAAAUAUGCUACAAAGUGUAAAUAAAGACUCUUUAUGGAAUAAUCACGUGCCAAAUGAUGAAACUAAAAACAGAUCGGACAACAUACAAUCCAUGGAAAACUCAAAACAAUCAAGUAUGUUAAAAAUAAAAAAUAGUUAUUAUGUUUUUAUAAUAUACCUCGUUUCUUUUAUAAAAAAACACAUCCAAAAAUGUAUUAUAUUAAACAAACAGAUAGGUUCUGAAAAUUUCCCAAAAAGCCAAAUCAUCAAAUAUUGCAACACUGUCAAUGUAGAAGAAAACCCAAGUGAUGAAAGCAAAAAUAAAGAUGCCAAAGACAGCCAAAACAACAACAUAAUAUGCGCUAAUAAUGAAAACGAAAAUGAAACUGAUCAAACUAAUAUUAGGAAGGAAUAUAAAUUUAGUAAACUAUUUUUUAAUAGCGUCAGAAAAAUUAUGAAAAGCAUUUUUUACACUGUUAAAAAAAUCAAUAAAAUGGAUAAUUCAUUGUUUGUAACGAAUAAUAAUUCUGCUUCUAAUAUAAUUCGAACUAAAAUAAUUUAUUGUAAAAAUAUUGUAAAAAACAUGAUAUUUAAUGAAUUAAAUAUAAAAGAAAGUUUUAGAAAUUAUUUAGCAUUUGAAAACCCUCAAAGAGAAAAUAUAGCAGACAAAUGUAUCUUUGAGGAAUCCAAAUAUGGGCAUACAAAUGAAAUAACAAAAAGCUUAAAUUAUUUGGACUAUUCAAUAGUUAAAAAUUUAACAAAUAACAUAAAUUUUAUCAAAGAUGAUGAAUUUGGCCAAAUGUGUAAAGAAAAUAAUAAUAUGAAAAACAAAUAUAUAGUAAAAGAUUUAAAUAAAAACCAAGAAUCAAAAAAAAUUAAACAAAUUGUAAAAAAAACAGAAAAUAUGGAUUAUAAAAAUAAUGAUGAAAUGUGUUGUGAUUUUCAGAAUAAUAAUAUAUUAUUAUUGAAUAAAAGCCCAAUUCCACAAUUAACCAGUUCUAACGAAAAUGUAAUAAUCAUAGAUAAUGUAUCUGACUCCAAUUGUGGGGUAGAGAUUCAAACAAAUAGUAAACUUAUAAAUACUGAAAAAAACAAUGAGAAUCGAAACAAUAUCCAUGAUUUUGAUGGAAAUUAUAAGGAUAAUGCAAAAGAUGAUGUAAAAGACAAAGCAAAAGAUAGCACAGUUGAAACUUUGGAUAUUUUUGAAAAGGAAAGAAAUUUUAAUACACCCUCAAAACAAAGUAACAAAAUAUAUUUAAACAAUGAAAAAAAAGAAUGUUCCAUUAACCGAAAUCAUUAUUCUCUAUUCCCAAAUUUGAAUUUUUUUAAAAACAAAAUUAUACAAAAAAAACAAAACACAGUUAGUAUUAAUAAGGAAAAAUCUGACCUAGAACAAAAAAAAGAAAAUUUAUCAAACAAUAAUAUAGAAAAUUUAUCAUCAAAUGUUGGAAUAAUAAAAAACAAAAAACAAUGUUGCUUAAGGUUCAUGUUUGUAUUAAAUGAUAUGAAUUUAGAGAAUAACAUGAAUAAUACUACUAUAGUCAUAAAUUUUUAUUUUCAUAAAACGAACAAAUAUUUUAAAAAAUAUAAAAACAAUAUUUUAGGAGCAUCAUUGGUUAUACAUACAAACAUUAAUGGAAAGGAUACUGUCAUAAAUGUUGAUACCCCUAAUAAAGACAAUUAUUGUUAUAUAAACUCAAAUAUUAUUUCUUUGAAUAAAUAUAAUAUUAAUAAUGAUCCAUUUGCGAAUUAUUGGAAAGAUAUAAAUUUACAAAAUAAUAAUGACAAAAAUAAAGACAAUAUAAACAAUUGCAAUAGUGAUAUUUCUGAUUUAGACCAAAAAAUGUUUGAAAAUUCAUUUUUGGUAACUAUUGAUAAGUUAGCCGAAAAAGCAAAAGAUGAGAGUAUCACUGAGCCUACUCCUUCUCAUUGUGAGCAUCCAAAUUUUGUUGAUCAACUAUUACAAGAUUAUAUCAAUUUGAAUAUAAAAAAAGACACUAAUGUUAAACAAUCUAUGAAAAAAAUAUACAAAAAUUUUUAUUCCAAUUUUAUUUUAUUAUGGGCAUGUAAAAACAUAGGAUGCAUAUACUUAGACAAAAAUAAUUCUCUAUACAUAAAUAUUAAUGAUUCUGCAAACAACUUAUCUAUUAAUUUACAUAAAAAAGAAUAUAAUGUUAUGUCUGAUCUAAAAUUUUCCAAAAAGAAUAAUUUUAUUUUUGUUAGCAAUUAUAAGGAUAGAAUAAUUUUCCAAAAAAUGAAAACGCUGUUUUCAAAAGUGUUUUUAAAAAAAAGUAAUACUACAAAUGAUAUUUUGAAUAAACCUGCAACUGAUCAAAACAUACCAAAUGAUGAAAUACUUGAAAACAAAUUUACUUGUCUAAAUAAUGAACAUAACAUGGCAAAAGCAAGUAUAAAUCCUAUCGAAAAUAACAAGGUAAUAAACGGUAUAAACAAAACAAAUAUACAAAUAAAUAAUACUUAUGAUGAUCAAAAUAGUAAACAAAAUAAAUUAAACAUUAUAAAAAAUAACAUUGAAGAUAAUGAAAGUGAAAUUUGUUUUGGUGACGAUUACUAUGAUAUAUAUAAAAAUUAUAACCCACCUAAUAAUUGCUGUUCCAAAAAUAAUACCACAUACAACGAUAAAAGUUUUGAGACGAGCGAAAUAUAUAAGAACAUUAUUAUGGCAUGUAAACAUUUGGAUUUACAGAACAAAAAUAAUAUUUCAAAAAAUUUUGAAAUAAAAAAUGAAAAAAUGGUGAUCAAAAAUAAUAACAUCCAAGGAAAACAAUGUUAUAAUGAGACUGGUUAUAAAAAUUCUAAAAAAAUAAAGAGCACAAGUUGGAAAGAUAAAUUAGAUACAACCAAUUUUCAUAAUAAUACAAAUAGUAAAUCUUUUUCAAGUAACAAGCAAAAUAUAGUAACUAGCAGGUUUAAUAAUAUAAUUUAUCAAGCUAACAAAAAAUUAGCAUUUAAAGAAAAAAUAAUAGAUGAUAAACUAUUAAAAAAAUUUAAUAUUAAUAGGGAAUCCUUAAUCUCACUAACUGAAAGUGAAAAACAAAUAGUGGAUGAUGUAAAAAAUGAUGAAUUUAAUAAAAUUAUAGAACAAGAAUUAUACAAUGAAAAUAAUAAUCAUAAAUUUCACGAUUCACUUCCUUUAAGAAGUACUGGUUAUACUGAAGAAGAAUUUAACAUAAUAAUGUAUUUGGAAAAAAGAAAAAAAAGACAAAACGCCAAAAAAAAAACAAUUAAAAAAAAUAUUAAAUGUCUUAUACCAUCAAGUUUUAAUAAUAUUAAGAUACACAGGCUAAACUUUAUUUCACUUUUGGAAAACUCGUUUUGUAAUUAUAAUAUUAAUACACAUUUUUCUCAUUUGAAAGCUGACUAUAAUUGUGAUAAGAAUGAAAAUAUAGGUAGCAAUAUAAUUAGCCAAAAUUUCUUUAUAGAGACUAUAAAAAAACAACCCAGAAAUUUAUCAAAUGAGCAUAAUAACAUAGAAGAGGGCCAAUCUUCAAAUAAUUCAUAUGUACAAAAAGAAAACUCCUUAUUUUUAGCAAUUGAUAAAAAUAAAAAAAAACAUAUAUAUAAAGAAAAUCCAUACAAUAAUUGUAAAAAUGAUAAUCCCACCAAAUUAAUGUAUAAACAUAUUUUAACAAAAGAAUUUGAUGAAAAUAAUGCAUCUAUUUGUAUUAACAAUUGCAGUUCUAGCUGUCUAAAUAGUGUAUCAGGAAAAUCAGAUGAAAUGAAACAAAUCCAUGAUAGCAACCAAAUGCCAAACUAUUUGAUAUCAACAACUGAAAUGGAUAAAAUGAAAAAGAAUGUAAGUGACUCAGUGGACAGUUUACCAAAUAUAUAUAUACACGAAACAGGAAAAAAUAAAAAGGAGUAUUUUCUUAAUUCUUUACAUCAAUCGAAGAAACAUAUUUAUUAUUCUUCAAAUAGUUCAAGAAAAUUAACACACAAAAAAACUGAUACUUAUAAUAAACUUAUUAAUGAGAACAAUAGAACAAGAAGUAUUGAUUUUAUUAGACAAAUGGAAGAAAAUAAUUUAACUAUAAACUGUCAAAAAAGGAAAGAUAAUAAGCGUUUAAUAAAUAAAGCUAAUAAAACGAAGCAAGCAAACAGAAACAUGCUUAAGAAAACCAUUUCCAAUAAUACACAUACCAGAAAUAAUAGUAAUACAAUUCAGGAUUGUAACAAAUUUCCACAUAAAAGUUAUGGAGCCAAUUAUCUAACGUGCCAAGAAAAAAUAAUUAGUAAGCCAAAAUUAAUAUCAGUGAAAAAUCCUCUAGAUAAUUCAAACGAGACAAUAUCUUCUGAUGAAUCAAAAAAGAGAGAGCGAAGUAAAAAAUGUGAAAACGAACAAAUUGGGAUUUUAAACAUGUAUUGCUUAUUUGAAAAUCAAUCAGAUUUUUUUUAUUUAAUUAGUGAAGGAUAUUCUAAAGCUAGUAGUUUUGUGAAUGAUAAUAUGCUAAUUCAUUCAAAAUUGUAUAAUGAUAUUUUUGAUAUAAAAAGAAAUGAUAUGCUAAUUUGGUAUAACCAAUCUAUUUGUAAUGAUUGUAAAAACCUAGAUGAAGAUAAUAAUGACAAUAAUAUUCAUAAUUCAGAUGAUAAGAUUAACAAUGAAAAUAAUUUGUGUAUUCACAAAAAAAACCCAAUGUUAUGUAAUAUUUGCGAUGAUAUUUUUAAAAAAAAUUUGUUAAAUGAUUUGUUCUUUUUUAAGAUUAUUAUAAUAAAUAAAAAAAAUAUUUUUUUAAAACGAUUAAUCAUUAAUAUUCAUUAUGAGAGCCCAUUAAUAAAUGCCCAUUUUACUUCAAAAGACAGUAUUAAAUAUAUUUUGGAAAAAAACAACAAUCAAUAUAAAUUAAAAAUUAUAGCUAUAACUAAAAAAAAGGUACACAAAAAAUUAUCUUUAUCAAAAUCAAAAUUUUUAAGAAAAUGCUUAGAAAUUGAACUAACUAGUAAUUUUCAAAAUAUGAAAAAUUUAAUAUCUACAACUGAUCCAUCCAAAACUUCGACUCAUAAUAUGGAUGAAAAUGAACAGGAUACAAUCUAUGACCAAAUUGAAACUCAUUCAAAGAAUUUAUCAAAUGAUGUGCAAUCACCUCAAUUUAAUUUUGAUGCAUUUAAUUCGAGUAUAGCAAUUCUCACAUUUAGCAUACUCGAUGACAAAAAUAAAAAGAAAUAUGACAUUGAGAGAUUUGUUGUUCCUUCAGUAUUAUUUUGCACCAAUGGCUAA